AUGGCCUAUAAUCAAUUUUUGUUAGACGAAGAGUCUCAACCUGUCACAUGCAUCAAUACACAUCGGGGUCUAUUUAAUUACACUCGACUAGUUUUCGGGUUGUCUUCUGCGCAGUCUAUAUUCCAGCGCGCCAUGGAAACGACGCUUUCAGGGUUAGACGGGGUCCUGUGUCUGCUUGACGACAUUUUAGUCACUGACCAGACCCCGGGGGGACAUUUGAAGAAGUUGAAUAUAGUUCUGCAAAGGCUUCAGGAUGCAGGAUUAACUGUGCAGAAAGAUAAAUGCGAUUUCUUUAAAAAUGAAGUAAAAUAUUUAGGUUAUAUAAUAACCAAAAAUGGAUUACAGAAAGAUCCGGAAAAGGUGAAGGCUAUAGCUGAUGCGCCCAUUCCAUCUGACGUUAAUACAUUGCAAUCAUUUUUAGGACUGGUAAACUACUACAGGAAUUUCGUGGCGGGAGCAUCCUGCAUCUUGAGUCCUUUGUAUGACCUAUUAAAAAAGGGGGUUAAGUGGAACUGGUCUACGUCACAUCAACAAGCGUUUGAUAAAAUUAAGAAAUGUUUGACGUCGGAUCAGGUCUUAACACACUUUAAUUCAAACGCCAAAAUAGUUUUAAUUGUCGAUGCUUCCCCGUGCGGCUUAGGUGCUAUUUUAUCCCAAAUAGACAAUGAGGGGUUAGAGCGUCCGGUAGCAUUCGCUUCCCGCACGUUGAACGCAGCUGAGAAAAACUACUCACAGAUACAGAAAGAGGCGACCGCAAUAAUAUUUGGAAUACGCCGGUUCCAUCAAUAUUUAUAUGGCAGAUCAGAUCCAUUUAUAUUACGCACGGAUCACAAGCCGUUAAUUUCUAUUUUCGGCCCACACAAAGGUAUACCGGAAGUGUCGGCUAAUAGAUUGCAGAGAUAUGCAAUGUUUUUAAGUGCAUACAAUUAUACAAUCGAGUAUGUUCGUAGUGCCGACAACAACGCGGAUUUUCUGUCUCGCGCGAGUUUACAGGGUGAGUCACCGCGGGCUCGCGCCGAGAGCGAGGGAGACAACAUUGGCGCACACACCGCCGCCGCCGCCGCUCCCAUUGAUCGCGCAUCAUACGUUAACUUUGUUGUCGAAGGCGACAUGCCGUUAACCUUGAAUGAGUUACGCAAAGCUACUAAAGAGGAUGCUGUAUUACAGUUAGUGGUAAAUUAUGUUCAAAACGGUUGGCCUAAAAAAAUAGUGGACUCGCAGUUGAAACCCUAUCAUUUAUGUAAGACCCAAUUAUCAUAUGAAGACGGUUGUUUAAUGAGGGGUCAUAAGGUGAUACUUCCUGAAUCUUUGCGGUCGAAGGUUUUAUUAGAGUUACAUAGCUCGCAUUUAGGUAUCGUAAAAACGAAAUCAGAAGCUAGGUCUCGGUUUUGGUUCACAGGCAUUGAUGCAAUGCUAGAAAAAAUGAUACACUCGUGUGAAAUAUGCAAACAGCUACGGCCCUCGCCACCCAGAGCGCCUUUAGCACCAUGGGAGUUUCCCCAUACACCAUUUCAUAGGUUACACGUCGACUUUCUGGGGCCGCUGAAUAAUCAAACGUUCUUAGUAGUGGUAGAUGCGCACACCAAAUGGUUAGAAGUAUACGACGUGAGCACUUCUACCACCUCGGCGACCGUUAUUGAAAAACUUUACGACUUUAUGUCUAAGUACGGAUUACCCCACACAAUUGUUAGCGAUAACGGUACUGCGUUCACAUCCGCUGAGUUUACAAAAUUUUGUUUAUUAAAUGGUAUUGCUCAUAUUACAUCACCACCUUACAAUCCUGCUAGUAAUGGACAAGCAGAAAGUUUCGUAAAAAUUGUCAAAAAGGGCAUAAAGUCAAGCUAA